UGCAGCUACUGUUGAAUGCAGUAAGGCGAGGAAGUCAGAGUUCGCGAUGUCUAGAAGCCGCUGGAGAGGGACAGGGGGCGCCCUGCUCGGACUGCUGCUGUUUGGAGUGGGCUUAUUGCUGGGGGCUCUGCUCCUGAGAACCUACACACUGCCCAGUAGCCAGGUAACCUGGCAUGGACCAGGGGUGGCAGAACUCAAGCUGACACCUGAGGAGAGGCAGCUGCUGAAGCAGGCACUAGUGGGUGCAAUUCGCAUUCCAACUGUUUCAUUCUCUGAAGAGGAGCAGAAUGUUACCGCUCUGGCUGAGUUUGGAGAAUACAUUAGAAAGGUCUUUCCAGGAGUGUUCUCUUCGAGUAUUGUUAAACAUGAAGUGGUAGGAGAAUACAGCCACUUUUUUGUUGUACAAGGCUCAGACCGAAGUCUAAGGCCCUACAUGAUCCUUGCUCACUUGGAUGUUGUGCCAGCCCCUCCCGAAGGUUGGGAUGUCCCACCUUUCUCUGGAGAAGAGCGUGAUGGUUACAUAUAUGGAAGAGGAGCCCUAGAUGACAAAAGCUGUGUGAUUGGAGUUCUACAAGCUCUUGAAUUACUGCUAAAAAGAGGGUACCAACCCAAACGAUCAUUCUAUAUUGGAUUAGGACACGAUGAGGAGGUAUCUGGACACAAAGGAGCCAUGAAAAUUGUGGAGAAACUACAGUCUCUUGGAGUGAAGUUGUUGUUUGUGGUGGAUGAAGGCUUGGCAGUUCUGGAUGGGGUCAUUCAAGGAGUAAAAAGGCCCGUGGCUCUGAUUGGCACCACUGAAAAAGGAUCUAUUACUUUGAAUUUGACUGUAAACCAACCUCCUGGACAUUCAUCAAUGCCUCCUGCUGAGACUAGCAUAGGGAUCCUUGCCGCAGCUGUGUCCAGAUUGGAGAGAAAUCCAAUGCCAAACAUGUUUGGUAAAGGUCCAGAGGCAUCCAUGUUUGAGCAGCUGGCAGGAGAGUUUGCAUUUCCACUUAAUGUCAUGAUGGCGAACCUGUGGCUCUUCUCUCCAAUCAUCAGUAGAGUGCUAGAGCAGACUCCAUCUAGCAAUGCUAUAGUGCGGACAACAACUGCAAUAACCAUCAUAAAUGCUGGAGUAAAGUCAAAUGUAAUUCCUCGAAUGGCAAGAGCUACUGUCAACUUCCGACUUCACCCAGCUCAAACAGUUGAGGAGGCAUUGGACAUAGUGCGGAACACCAUACAUGACGAAAGAGUGGAAAUUUCAGUUCUCGACUCAUUUGAUCCUCUGCCCAUUAGCCCCUAUGAUGAAGCAAACUUUGGGUUCCAGACUUUGCAACGAACAAUUCAUUCUGUCUUCUCAGCAGCCCCAGUUGCCCCAGGUGUCUGCAUUGGAAAUACUGACAGCCGUCAUUUUGUCAAUCUAACUGAUAGCAUCUAUCGUUUUAGCCCUUUCAAAUUGAAAUCUGAGGAUCUGAGCAGGAUCCAUGGGUUAAAUGAGCGCAUUUCUUUGGAAGGUUUAGAACGACUUACACAGUUCUACUAUCAAAUGAUUCAGAAUGCUGACUCUGACAAAGUUCCUGUUGCUCAUCGAGUGACCCAUGAACUGUAAUGAUGAAAUGGAUAAAGAGCUAGUCUGGAAAUGAGUUCUGUCUGCACUACGCUAAUGGAUAAAUGGUUCCCAUUUGUCAGCCUAUAUCUCCUGCAUACCAGUGCUCCCAGUGUCCUGCUGGAUACCUGUCUGGUGCCUACCUGUUAGGGAAUGAUGCCCAGAAUCAGGCCCAAGCCUUGGUCUCUCCUUCCUAAUCCAGCCCACUGCCACUCUAGCAAGCGAUUCCAAUUGCUGCCCCCAGGCUUCUCUGUCUUCCGCCUCCUUGGUUUAUGAUGGUAAGAGUAUAAGAAGUUGCUACCAACUAGGCAGAAGAUAAAAAUGUGUGUGGAGAGGUUUGAGAACUCCUAUAGACAACAACUGAACUCUCUGAAAUCGGAGCUUCAGUCCUCGGACACGAGGGUGUCUGACCUGACUACUAAACACAUCUCUGUAUCAUCUACUGUCCUGGUGCAAAAAUCUGUUGCUCAUUAUCAACACAUUACCAACACUAUCCUGCCUACCUUGAGUCCUGGUUACCCCCCAUGUCUUCGCAACCCAGACUUUUCAAGAACACUAUAUUAUGAUGGGGGUUGGACCCCGAGGACUAUUGGAGGAAAAUCUUUCAUGUUCCUAUCCUAAUUUUCCAUGAUAUUGAAUCCUUAUAGGACUGCAGAUAAGAUCUGUACCUGCAGAGUAGUAGAACCCAGAUCUCAUAAAUCAAUGCAUUACCUAUGUAUUGUAUUAAUGUCUGUAAGCAGACAAAUGACUGUUAUUUUAGUCACAUUAAAAAUAUAAUAAAACCUAGUCAAAAAAUCGAAUUUAAGCAAAAAAAGGUACCAAUAAAAACUUUAGAUCGCAGCACCCAAAAAAUAAUCCUUUACACACAGCUUCACAGCUGUUAUGAUUAUUUUUAGUUAUAUUUUUUAAAAGUAGUUAGACAUAAGUCACUAUAAUCAUACUGACCUGAAAAAUCAAGAUAACAUGAUAGUUUUACUGUGAGAUCAAUAACAUAUAAACAAGCUCGGCCAACUCUCCCCCACCCUCCAUUUGAAUAUAAAAAAAACUAAACAUUUUUCAGUUGUGCAGUUUGUUUUGUGGUCCCCCCAGAAACAAUGCAUCAUGUGGCUCUAUAGAUGAAAAAAAAAAUGUAUCACUCUUCAGCUGGGUUUACGCUACAGAAUUUCUGAGUAUAAUUCUCUUUGUUGUCAAUGGGAUUCCGCUGUACAGUGCAUCUUACGGAAUUUUAGCGGCAGAGCUUUCCGUCCCUGAAAUUCCUCCUCUAAAUAAAAUUCAGUCUUUCAGCGGAAUCCUCAUGGAAUCCAUCCGCAUGGUCCUAGCGCCGACUAUUUCCAGCCAGAGAUUCCCUAGCCUAAAAGCCACAGCAUGAAAAAAAGAAAAUAAUUCUUGGUUUAAAUCUAUUCUUUGUUUUAGCUUUAAAAAUGGCAUUUAAAAAGAAAACUGUAGGAAGCACCAUUAGAUUUUUCUCUUUUGUUUCCACUUUUUUUAAAAACGCACCUAAUACUGCACCAAAAAGUGCAUGUGUGAAUUGUUUUUGUGAAUGUGAUUUUAGGCUCAUUGGUAAUUAAAUAAUUUGUGAUAUUUUUGUAAGUAAAAGCUGAAAAAAUA